CGCCCGCCUCAAGUCAACUCGCUUCCAGACGGGAGCCGGCAGCACUUUGCAGGAGUCAUGCUCAGCCUCUUGAAACUCCCGAGGGUGGUCACCAUCAAUCAAGUGCCCAAAGUUUUCCAUGAAGACAGCAUCAUCUCAGGCUACCGUUACCCCCGCAGCUCAGCCACCUACUGCAUUCUGAGCAUCUUUCAGCUGACUAAUGAGACCCUGAACAUUUGGACACACUUUUUGCCCACCUGGUAUUUCCUAUGGAAACUAGUAAGCGUAGUGCUGAUACAGACGGCAUGGCAGCACACCUUCACCUGGCCUCUGGUGGUCUUCCUGGUGUCCUGCUGCACGUACCCACUGGCAUCCAGCUGUGCGCACACUUUCAGCAGCAUGUCGGCGCGCGUGCGACACAUCUGCUUUUAUAUCGACUACGGCGCACUGGGUUUCUACGGCCUGGGGUCUGCAAUUACGUAUUCAGCUUACGUAUUCCCGGACAAGUGGGUGAACGGCUUCUUCCACCGUUGCUUCGUCCCUGUGGCUUUGCUCAACUCUAUCAUCUGCACCGGCUUGGCCUGUUACACCAGGCUUGGAUUUCCAUUUCUUCAUUACGAUCACGAUGUUGUAAAACGAUUCCCUGAGUGCCGGAGUCCAAGAUUCAGCAAAGUCUUCCGUGUUGUUGCUUUUGCCUACCCCUACGUGUUCGACCACAUUCCUCUCUUUUACAGGGUGUUCCUAUGUGGAGGAGAGGGUUGCACAGACAAUCAAACUAACAUCCUCCACUAUAACCACAUUGUGUUGGCGUGUCUCACUGGCUUCCUGUUUGCAACGCAUCUACCUGAGCGCCUAGCACCCGGGAGCUUCGACUAUAUAGGUCACAGUCAUCAGCUCUUCCACGUCUUUGGCAUCCUCGGCACCCACUUCCAGAUGACCGCCCUAGAACAAGACAUGGAAACACGAAGAUCCUGGCUCGUCGACCACUCCCCACCCAUUACCUUUGCUAACUCACUUGGUGUGGGACUACUUUGUGUGCUGGCCAAUUUAGGCGUCAUCCUCGUCUUCAGCCUACCACUCCUCACUGCACCAGCCGGUCAGCAAAAUAAACACAAUAAACAUGCAAAGUUACAUUCAUCUUAGCUUAGUUUUCAUACUCUGCAACCUGUAAUUCAUAAUUUAUCAGCCAGCAUUCAUAUACAGUACAUAGAUGUGUUUGUCUAUAGAGUAGACCAGCUAUAGUGGACCUUCAUGUCACUGACAACCGUUAGAUGUGAUGCAAAGUGUAAGCUGCAUCAACACAACAUCAACUAUAAGAUAAAUAUAUACCUGCAUACAAAUAUAUAAUGUUUCUUAGAAUACAUAAAGCAUUCUUAAGCUAGAAAUGUAGCAACACAAAUGGAUUACAAUCAAUUAAUAAUGAAGAAAUAGCCUUUUUUAAUGUAUUGUUAGCCUUUAUGAUUAUUACCUCCACACAGAAUCAAUGCAUUCUUUAUUGUAUUUAUUUGAUUUUAUUUUUGUACCAAGUAAAUCAGUUGAGAACCGAUUCUCAUUUAAAAUGAUGGUCAGUAAAGAGUUAAGGGGAUCAAAAACUGAAGCUGUAUGUAAAUGUACUGGAUUUAUAUAUUUUUAUCUGUAGCAGCGUUUGUAUACGAUGUAUGUGUUCUUUUUUUUUUACAAUGAUGCUGACUUCAAACCCAUGUGAUUGUAAAGUACACAUGUAAAUACUGUAUAAGGGAAUUGCAAAGCUUU